AUGUUACUGCUUAUGGUGGGAAAUCUCAUCAUUAUUCCAGUGGGCAUCACUUUCUUUAAGGAGGAGAACACCCCAGCUUGGAUUGUGUUUAAUGUUGUCUCUGACACCUUUUUCCUUGUGGAUCUGGUACUGAACUUUCGAACGGGCAUAGUAGUAGAAGACAAUACAGAAAUUAUCCUGGAUCCACAACGUAUCAAGAUUCGCUAUCUAAAAAGUUGGUUCCUUGUGGACUUUGUAUCCUCCAUUCCUGUGGACUAUAUAUUUCUUAUUGUAGAAACACGUAUUGACUCAGAGGUUUAUAAGACUGCCAGGGCCUUACGAAUUGUCCGUUUCACUAAAGUGCUGAGUUUGCUACGUCUCUUAAGACUUUCCAGGCUCAUCCGGUACAUUCAUCAAUGGGAGGAGAUUUUCCACAUGACUUAUGACCUGGCAAGUGCUGUAGUACGCAUUGUUAAUCUGAUUGGCAUGAUGUUGCUGCUUUGCCACUGGGAUGGCUGCUUGCAGUUUUUAGUGCCCAUGUUGCAAGAUUUUCCUGACAACUGCUGGGUAUCACUGAACCGCAUGCAGAAUGCUUCAUGGGGAAAGCAGUACUCCUAUGCCCUUUUCAAAGCCAUGAGUCACAUGUUGUGCAUUGGGUAUGGUCAACAGGCACCAGUGGGUAUGUCGGAUGUCUGGCUUACUAUGCUCAGCAUGAUUGUUGGUGCCACUUGCUAUGCCAUGUUCAUUGGUCAUGCCACUGCGCUUAUCCAAUCUCUAGAUUCAUCACGGCGGCAGUAUCAAGAAAAGUACAAACAGGUGGAACAGUACAUGUCAUUUCACAAGUUACCAGCUGAUAUGCGUCAGAGGAUCCAUGAUUAUUAUGAGCACCGCUAUCAAGGAAAGAUGUUUGAUGAGGAGAGUAUCCUUGGGGAGUUGAGUGAGCCUCUACGGGAGGAAAUUAUCAACUUCAACUGUCGCAAGCUAGUGGCUUCCAUGCCACUAUUUGCCAAUGCGGACCCCAACUUUGUGACAUCGAUGCUUACAAAGCUAAAAUUUGAGGUAUUUCAGCCAGGAGACUACCUAAUCAGAGAGGGAACUGUUGGCAAGAAAAUGUUCUUUAUACAGCAUGGUGUUGUCAGUAUUUUAAGCAAAGGCAGCAAAGAGACCAAACUUGCUGAUGGAUCUUACUUUGGAGAGAUUUGUUUGCUGACACGAGGACGAAGAACUGCAAGUGUCAGAGCAGACACUUACUGUCGACUGUACUCUCUGAGUGUGGAUAAUUUCAAUGAGGUUCUGGAGGAGUACCCAAUGAUGAGACGGGCAUUUGAGAGUGUAGCACUAGACCCGCUUAGACCGAAUCGGCAAAAAGAACUCUCUCCUCCUACAUAA